AAGUGUCAUUGUUUUUCCUGCUGACGUCACACUGUUGUUUCCACUCACAGACUUUGGAGUUAAAGCUGAUUGAUUGACAGCGGAAUGAUCCUGAUGGCGACCUGCAGAGGUUUCUAGGAAACUUUUCAGAAACGGUAAACGUCGCUGUUUGGUUCGGCGUUGACGCAGAAAGUUCGGGAACGAUGCAGCUCUGACAACUCCAGUCUGCAGGCUGAUUGGCUCAACGUCUGCCCAGCGUCUGUCUCAGAACAUCUGCAGGAGCAGCUACGAUAUGACUAAGAGAAGUCCAUCUCUCCAGCUGGUCAAAAGGAUGCUGAACCAUCACUGCAGAGGGAACCCCGAGCUUCAUGAGGAGCUGCAGAUUCAGGCUGCCGUGGCAGCGGGGGAUGUCUGCACCGUCCGGAAGAUGCUGGAGCAGGGAUACUCUCCCAAGAUCCGGGACGCCAAUGGCUGGACUCUGCUCCACUUCUCUGCUGCCAAAGGAAAGGAGAGAUGUGUUCGGGUGUUUCUAGAGCACGGAGCUGACCCCACAGUGAAGGACUUCAUCGGUGGAUUCACCGCCCUCCAUUAUGCCGCCAUGCACGGCAGGGCACGCAUCGCCCGGCUGAUGCUGGAGUCGGAAUUUCGUGGCGACAUCAUCAAUGCUAAAAGCAAUGAUGGUUGGACGCCGCUUCACGUGGCUGCGCACUACGGCCGCGACUCAUUUGUGCGCCUCCUCCUGGAGUUCAGGGCCGAGGUGGACCCGCUGAGCGACAAAGGGACCACGCCGCUGCAGCUGGCCAUCAUCCGGGAGCGCUCCAGCUGCGUCCGAAUCCUGCUCGACCACAGCGCCAACAUUGACAUUCAGAACGGCUUCCUGCUGCGGUACGCCGUCAUCAAAGGAAACCAUUCGUACUGCCGCAUGUUCCUUCAGAGGGGAGCAGACACUAAUUUGGGUCGUAUGGAGGAUGGCCAGACCCCCCUACACCUGUCAGCCCUCAGGGACGAUGUACUGUGUGCUCAGAUGCUCUACUUGUACGGGGCCGACACCAACACCAGGAACUACGAGGGCCAGACGCCGGUUGCUGUGUCUGUUAGCAUGUCUGGGAUCAGCCGGCCUUGUCUGGACUUUCUGCAGGAAGUCACCAGACAACCUCGGACUCUACAGGACUUGUGUCGAAUAAAGAUCCGACACUGUAUCGGCCUUCAGAGCCUCAAGUUCUUGGAGGAUCUUCCCAUCGCCAAGGUUAUGAAAGACUAUUUAAGACAUAAGUUUGACAGUUUGUGAAGUGACGUUAGAAACUCUGAUCAGACUAUGCAAUCAUCCACCGGUCCAUGGUGGACAUGCUGAGGGAUGUUUGACCACCAUUUCAAUGUUCUCUUGUUCAUCAAGGAGUCCUUCUGGAAACUAGAGGUUAUUGAGGAGAGGACGUGGGUAGAUCUUAUGUUAACUUUGUGUGUUUUACGCUUGUAUGAACAAAGCCGUGUCCAGAGUCAUCAAUCAAUGACAAAGUCUUCUUUUGUCACCUUCCUCUCCAGAUCUUUGAGGUUGGAAGACUUUCUUAUCUCAGUUUUAGUUUUUACCAAAGAUUCUGGAUGUCUUAUAGGUCUGAGCUAUUUCUGUUUGCCAUCUCACCAUUUUUUUUCACCAGCUGGAGGAGCUAAUACUGCAAACUGCAUGAUGUUUUCCUUCGAUUUAGUCCUUCAACAAGACAACUGAGCAAUGCUGCUCUCUGGAACUGACCAAAGAUGGUCAGUUCAUCUUCAGAAAGUCUCACCCACAUGAAACGAGAAAGCUUCCACCAUUGACCCUUUGAAGAUGGGACAUAGUGUUUGGUGAAAGAAAGAGAAUCAUUUCAUACCAAGAGCUCCGAACAGGAACAAUCUGGACAUCUUUCCUGCUCAUCCAGAAUCUGUGGAGGAAACAGAGUCAUCCCGACAGCGAUGAAAACUUCCAACCUCAACGGCCUGGACGUUCCGGUGGAAACAUGGAACAUAAGCACGUUGGCAUUUCUGACAAUAUUUCAUUCAGCAUCUGAAGUUUUUGUCUUUCUUUGAUGUGAAGUUAAAAUAAGCUCAUUUCAGACCCAGAACUGAAAUAUGUUUGACUUAAAAGUGGUGCUGGUGUUAUUCUGAUUAAAGCUGCAUUAAAACCUAAAGAAAACAACCUACGUAGGUUAUAUUUCCUGAUUUUAAACCUGUAAAUUUUGCAGAUUGUUUACAAACUUGACAUUUUCCAGCUUUUACAGCAAGCUGAGAUGUUGUCAGUGAGGAGGUUUCUGUCUGUUACCAUCUGCUAACGGCUGAUCUGAUUCAUUUCAUUAAUCUGUCAUCAGAGUCAGAACCACAUUGAAGAAAUCUCUCUGUGAAAGCUACAUGUCAACAUUUAUGACCUCUACCACCAUUUUGUUCAUCUAGCUACAGGACGGUGGAUUGAUCAGUAAUCAUUGGUGACAAUCAUCCUCAAAUCUAUUGUCAAGACAGCAAAUCAGCUGCUGAAACUUUGAAUUGAGACUGAAAUUAAGUUAUCUGAAGGGACAACCGGUCCGGAUCCAGACUCAUUUCUUUCAAUAUUUAUUCCGUAAAACAGGAAGCAGCUGAUUUACUGGAAUGUUCUAACAAAAAUAUAAAUCCAGAACCUGUCAGAAUCAGUCGGUCCAGUCCUAAGGAGCUUAAAGUGAAUAUUUUUAUUAUUCAUUAUAGCUUGAACCCUCUGAGAGAAGCUUUCUGACAUUUAAGUAAUUUUCAGGAAUAAUUCUCCAGAAUCCUUGAAGGACUUUUCAAUGCUCUUGUUUGGUAAAAAGUAAAGAAGUAAAGCUCCUCAUCCUCAGCAAUUUUGCUCUCGCAUCCCGUCCUCUCUCCAUGCAUCAGUCUUGAGGAUUUGUAGUACAUGUGUGGACAGGUCUGAACUAUUUCUGUUUGCCAUCUCGCCAAGUUUUUCACCAGCUGGAGGAUCUAAUGCUGCAAACUGCAUGAUGUUUUUCUUCGAUUUAGACCUUCAACAAGAAAACUGAGUGUGAUCAUGUGUGGACAGGCAGAUUUGACCUUUACAGGGAAAACGGUUCAAAUGUCAUAUUGGUGCCGACUUUGAGAGGUUUUAUUUAACAGAAAAUUUUCAUACACAGUAUGCAGCUGAAAUGAUGUAACUCUUGGUGAUGCCUCCAGCUGUUUCAAGUCAGGUUAGGCAGGGGUUUAUGGACAGUAACCACCUUUUCCAGAACAGGAAUCAUGAAUAAAACUUGACAUCAGGAAUACUGACAACAGAAACAUGUUACAUGUUUUAGAGGAAAAGUCUGAUAUUCCCGACAUAUUUAAAGUUUGGAUAGUGUUGUGAUCUGUUCAGUGUGAAAAAGUGUGUGUGUGUGUUUUAAGAGCUUAAAUAUUUGUAAUCUGGAAUCUGGUGUUGUCCGUACGUUUUCUUUUAAUUGCAGAAACAUUCUGUUCUUCCUUUGACUUACAGGAAACUGUUGUGUGUUUAGUCAAUUUUUUACAUUCAUACGAAUAAAAAAAUGACAUUUAUUCUUUGGUUAA